ACAUUCACUCGAAUGAGCUUUUAGUUACAUCUUCUUACCGCGUGAGGCAAAUGUAUUUCGUUAUAUAAUUCCUAUAGAAUUCGUUGUUUAUACAACUUUAAAAUCUAAUUGUAUAUACCACGUUCUUAAUUGUUACAUCGAAAUGAUCGCAAUAGUAACACAAUAAUGACUGCGGUAGAACUAAUAUUAUGAGAAAUAUACAUUGAUAGCUUAAAAUUCUCACAAACGUAGUAUCAAACAUGGCCGCUGUACAUCGAGAAGCUAUCCAAAAGCAAAUUCAGCAAGACUGGGCAAAUCGGGAAUAUAUUGAAGUUAUAACUGGUAGCAUUAAAAAGAUCACCGAUUUCCUUAAUUCCUUUGAUAUGUCUUGCAGAUCAAGAAUAGCUGUUCUAAACGAAAAGCUGACUACACUUGAAAGAAGAAUUGAGUAUCUGGAAGCAUGUGUCACAAAAGGAGAAACGUUAACCUAAAUUGAAUAUUGCCAACAGAAGUAUUUCUAGGACUAUAAGAUUUUUGUAUUUAACAGGAUUAUCUAUGAAUAAAUAAACAAUAAAGACAAUAA